AUUUUUGUAGCCAUACGGCAUUGAUGGGAUCCAAAGAAGACUGGGAAUUUAUCAUCGUUUUGACGUGAAACCCGCUCGCUGAACGCGCUGACAGCUGCCUGCAGUAACCAAUGCAUGCGAUGCACGUGUUGGCGUUGUCUUUCGGUUUCAGCAGAAAUAAACGAAUAGAAUUAGAAACGUGUUCGCAACGAUCAGGUGUGGAAGUGUUGCCUCUGAAAAUACUCACUGAUUCAGUGAUUGAUUUGCCAUUUUCCUGCGUGAAAUUGCGCAAUAACGGCGUGUCGACUUCAGCCCCUUCGGAUUGAUGAUUCAUUAUGGCGCUGAACCAGUUCAUGCACCCGAGGAAUCGCUACAAGCAUGCCAAGCCCGACUUUGCCGCACUCGCUGCCAAGUACCCGGAGUUCAAGCGCCACCUGUCCACUGCACUGUCUGGGAAAGUCUCGCUGGACUUCAAGGACCCUGAGGCCCUGCGGGCGCUGACCUGCACACUGUUGAGGGAGGACUUUGGCCUUGAGCUGGUCAUCCCCCUAGAUAGGAUCAUUCCCACCGUGCCACUGCGGCUGAACUAUGUCCUGUGGAUCGAGGAUCUCCUGAAGCAGAGUGGUCACAGUGAGUUGCCUCAGAUCUGUGGCAUUGAUGUGGGUUGUGGAGCAUCCUGCAUCUAUCCCCUGCUGGGAGCCAAGCUAAACGGCUGGCACUUUGCAGCCUCUGAAGUCGAUGCCUCCGCUGUUGGCUAUGCGACUCUCAACGUGAAGAGGAACAACCUAUGCGACAAAAUCCAAGUGUUGGAAGCAAAACCCGACGACAUGCUGUGCGGCAUUGUCAAGGCAGCCCCCAGGGGCCUCUACCACUUCACCAUGUGCAACCCACCCUUCUUCGGCAACCUGCUGGAGGCCCAGGGGAUCAUGGCGGCCCGCAGCGCCGACCGGUCCGAGCCCAGCUCAGUCAGCACGGCCGCGGAGGGCGAGAUGAUCUGGGACGAGGGAGGGGAGGUGGACUUCAUCGGGCGGAUGAUUGCCGACAGCCUGCAGCUCAGGCAGCAAGUCGUAUGGUACACAUCAAUGGUUGGGAAGAAAGCAAGUCUUGGACCUAUCAAACGGGAGCUUGCAAAAUUCAAGAUCCGGAAUGUGACAACGACAGAGUUCUGCCAGGGUCGGACCAUGCGCUGGGGAAUUGGCUGGACAUUCUAUGAUGAUAUCGACCUGCCUGUCUCGUCACCAAAGAAAUUCAAGCGGGGCAAAGAGCGCCCUCCUCUGGUCAUCCAGGUGCCAGAUGGAGCCGUGCAGUAUGCCUUGAACGAGUUCGGCUCAGGGUCAAAGGUGACGUCAGGAGGAAGUGAGGAUCAACGAAAGGUCAAAGCCGUGGCAAAAGUCGUGGAGAAAUUACUGAGGACACUGGAGAUUGACUUUAAGUCCAAGUCUGCGCCCAAGCUGUGUUCAAGGUAUGUCUUGACUGCUCUCCAGAACACCUGGUUGAACCAACGACGGAAAAGACGUCAGAUGAACAGACAUCUCCUGGCAAAGGAAACAGCCACUCCAGUUCCCGAGACUGCUGUAACGAGACUUCCGUUGGGCAAUAGUGCAUCCACAGGCGCUGAAUCUGACAGCAGCAGCAGUGCCGCCAGAGACAUGAAGCCAGUUGAAGCCGAGAGUGCAGUCAAAACAAUGCCACUGUCUUGUGGAAAAAAAGGUGACCGUUGCAUCGAAAUCAACUAUGAGACUAUGCAUGACGGAUGUACAUCUGGUCCAAGUGCAACUCGAGGCGAGCAUCACGAUGAUGAUGAAGCAAUGGCAACAGACAAACAUGUCAGUGGUAGUAGUAGCAGCAAUGCUGGGAUUGUAGUCUCCCCAGAGAACUCAAGUGAUGCAGAUGGAGAGAAGAUGGAUGCCUCUGGUGAGGGCUCAGGAAAACAUCCCACUAUGAUAUGUGAAUCACAGAAACAGUCGGCUGACAGAGCUGAAAACUCUGAAGGCACGAUAACUCCACACACCGUGCGGGACAGUCUGCCAGAGGCCAGCAGGCAGGAAACUGACUUAGGCGCAAAUUCUGCAGCUGUGUUGACCUUGAAAGAGCCCACCUCUCAUAUUUCUUCCUCUGAGAAUCUCAGAAGCUUCGAGAAUCCAGAGGGCAGCCAACAGGAUGCUGACGGUAGUGCAAACCUCACGCCAACGCCAGCUGUGAAGGAGGCCCCCACCCUUGUUUCUCCCUUGAAUGCAAACAGUGCCAAGGCCCAGCCUGGGCAAGUCAGCCCUCAAGAGGGCAGCCAACAGGAUGCUGACGGUAGUGCAAACCUCACGCCAACACCAGCUGUUAAAGAGGCCCCCACCCAUGUUUCUCCCUUGAAUGCAAACAGUGCCAAGGCCCAAUCUGGGCAAGUCAGCCCUCAAGAGGGCAGCAGACAGGAAGCGGAGUUCCUAUUCAAGUGCUUGCUGAUAGUCCGAGUUUCUGAAGGGAAGGUCGUUGUGGAGAUGAGCUGGAUGGAAGGACAGACUCGUGAGUCCAUGCACCAGGUUGGGCAGUUCAUAAAGAAUCAAUUCAACAAAAUAGUUUCUAACCGAUGACCUGAGGGGUAUUAAUGUAUCAUAUUGACCUUUCUUUUGUUCGUCAGAAGGGAGAGCCAGUUUGCAUGUCAGACCGUCUAUGUUAAAGUCAACCCUGACUGGCCAAGAAAAACAUGUAAGAAAACUUCGGCUAGGAAAGAUACCCAUUUUAGCACAUGAAGCAAACCUGCAUUCACAUGAAUUCCUUUCCUAGAAGUGUUGCUGUAACAAAAGAAAGGUUUUUUUAUCUUGCCAACUUGCUAUUCUGCCAGAUUUGCACAGACCACUGGGCCAGAAUAAGUAUGCUGGAGGUUCUGAAGCUUUUGUUUUGUGGUAGUAAUUUCUUAUGUACACUGAACAGGCAGCUCUGUGCCCGACACCCAGGGGAUACACCUCAUCCUUUGAGUGAUGUGCUUGUCACAUUUCUCGAUCAUAAUGCAGUCUUGAAACCUGCAUGUAUCCCCAUUGUUUGAAAGUUAUCUGUCCAAGGAAUUAUUGGGGCACAUGCCCUUGGGCAGUGUUUAUGGUAUCAAGUUGGCAAGAAUGGUUGUUAUGGUUCUGCUUAAUAUAAGCAUAGAGCUGUAGCGUAGGGCAAAACUUGAGAGUAUUUUUUCAGUUUCUGAGAAUGGUUGCCAAGUGUAUGUACAACUGCAUGCAGCCAAAAACCUGAUGCUUACAGUUCCGACGCUUAUCGUGGUUGCAAGCUUGGAAAUGUGAUAGUGCCAACCAAGAAAUAGCCACAGAAAACAUACUUUGUUGAUGCUAAGCUGUUUACCUCUGUGGUAUGAGGGAUGUAUUAUGUCGUAGCAUCUACGCGCACUGGCCUGCCUUGAGGAUGGUAGUACAAAACGGGAUGCACAUAUCAUCCCCGGUUUUCUUGUGGCUGUAGGAGUUGGUCAUUAGAAUUGAAUUCAUUGAGGAUGUACAUGCAGGAAAUCCCCUACUACGAAAAUAAGCUCAAGGCCACUGCAAAUACAGGUACAGUAUAUCUAUGUACGUGUAAAUUCCAUCCACCCUGUAUUAAGUACCAAUAGCUAUUAAAGUCCUUGUACAACAUGGCUGCCAACAUUCCAAGAUCAGAAAAUAUCUAAGGGUGUCAGUAAAACAUCUUUAAUGAACUUUUUUAACUAACCUCCCCCCCUCCCAAUUUUUGUAAGCAGUUUCAGUUUUGCACUGAUCGUAUUUUCCCGAUUUUUUGAUGCCUACUCUAGAUGAACUCUCAGUAAGCAUUGCCUCGCUGGAAAUCAGUUUUCUCUGGCUGGCAAACAUGGUUUCCCCAUAACCAAGACUAUUGACCAACCAGACUGGCAUGGUCAUACCUGGACUACCAGUAGUUGGCCACUGUGUUGACAGGGCAUGCUAAUUACUCCGGCCACCUUUAACCUCUAAUGAUGGAGCCUCUUUCAUGAAACUGGAAUGUAAAGAAGCAAUACCGGCAUGGCUUCUUUCUGAGCGUGAAUGACACUGAGUUAAAAAAACCUUUUUAUAAUUUUUAUGGCUCUAAAAGAGGUUCACAUACAUGUACUGGUUGACUUUGAUUGACAAGUGAAUGAUGACGCAUUUCAAUUUUCCAUGUACUUUUGGGAGUUCUUUCUUUGGAGAAGAACUGAAUUUUGAGUGAACACAGUGACACAGUCUGAAAGCAUGACUUGUUUGUAAUGCUGGGACGUAUGUGUAACUCAUCAGCCUGGCAAGUGACUCUUCAUGUGACGAACUGAAGCUCUCAUCAGAAACCACAGUGCCCUAGUCUGAUGUAGCCUUACUUUCUAUCUAGUCACCUGUAUCACCUUCAUCCGACACACUGUCGCUCUUGUUACAAUCCAGAACUGGCAGUACAUCCUUGACAUGCCACUUCUUCCUUCAACAGGAGGCCAGUCUUUUCCUAGCUCACUUUCCAAUACCUGAUUUAAUUCUCUUCCCAAAGACCUAGUACUCUCUUAACUUUGCUGUAGACCUUAUUCGUUUCUCUUUGUGAGACAUCACAGUUAUUUUUCAACCUCUUUAACUUUUCAAAGAUAACUUUUCAAAGAAUUCUACAACAUCUUCAGGUCGCCCUUACAAGCUGAAUAAACUUUUCUAUCUUUGAUACAUAAAGCAUUGCCAGAGUUGUGGUCCUGACUACCAUAGUGUCUUUAAAAUAUAAAUCAAAAAUCAAAACCAAAUAAUGAAGGAAGUUGACCGAAAGACACAAAACAUUAUCAGCAUCAUGACAUGCUGAUACUUUUAAUGGCAACUGUUAAGCUUCCUGUCCCCUGGUAUCCUGAGUACAUGUAUGUUAGUGAUCAUGGUGAUUUUGACAUUCUUAGACUAUUUAGACACUUAAAUGGCCAUGUUGGCAACACAUUUCUCAAAGUCUUCUUUGAAGCCUCGCUUUGAAAGUUUCUCAACUUUCUUCUUCACUCCUGACAAAAGAAAGGAAUAGAAUAAAGCUGAUUAUAGCACAAAUGAUAUUUAUAAAAAUCACAUAUAUUCAUGUUCACAAUUAUUUGUGCCAGCAGAACAAGCUUUUUUAACACCCAUGUUCAUGUACUAUUGUGAAAUUAACUUCUAAAAGUACCUUUAGCAACAUGCCAAACAUUGAACAUACGAGUGAUGUCCUCUUCCUGUUACCGCAAGUAUUUGGCCAGCUGUCGAUGACGGUUCGUAACAAACUUAUCUAUGACGAGUUUGUCACUCCUGAUGGAUGCCAACAUCUUCUUCGUUCUGUCAAACUCUAUAAUUAAAGUUUACCGUUUGGAUUGGGGAUGCUGUCUGAUGAGUCAGAUGAUGAGGAUGGGAUAUAUUCUGAAUCCUGCAACUCCCCAAGUUCAUCUUCCAUUUCUGAACAGUCAGGUUCACCAACUGCUCUUUCACCAGAUUGGCUGUCUGUGCAUGGCUCAAAUGUGCUCUCCUCAGGCUCUGCAUCAAGAGAUUCCUUGCGAGCAGCAUGUCCUAUAGGGGCAGGCACUGCAAAAAAUUUAUGAUAAAAACAUAUACUGCUAUUAAAGGGGAAUUCCAGGCUCUAAAAUACUUUAUCUAAUCUAAAAGAACAUGAUCAUAGUCCCGAUUUCUUGCCAUUCAUCAGUAGAAAGGGCACAUCCAUGUUGUUUAAAAUCAGUGUUGUAGUCGAGUACUUUUUUUCGAGUACCAAGUACUGCCAAGUACUUCAACUGCCGAGUACAAAGACAGGUCAAGUACUGGUUUCCGAGUACAAGUACUUUCACUUCCGAGCAC